UACUCCACACUACAAAUUCCGUACACUCGCACCCAGAAAAACAAGAUUCCAUACAAAAAUGAUUUCUUUAGAGGAAAUCCCUCCCGUAAAUAAGACAGAGUUUGAACUAGCCCUCAUGUCUUCCAUUAAAUGGCCUUUGACCAUGAGCCAAGUUCUGGGAUACUUUCCCUUCGCUGUACGUAACCGUUUACCCGAUGAGAAUAAUCAGCCAAAACCAUUGCUAACACUUUGUUGGGCUUGGUGCGUCCCUCCAGUAUUGUUCCUCACAAUUGGAACAUAUAGUUUUGUUGCUUUCUUCAUGAACACGACCGAAAUACGAAAGUGGUCGACAGCAUACAGCGACAAAGCGAGGUAAGUAAUACAUAAGUACAUAUUGUAACCAUAAUAAUGGAAAGCUGGAAUUUUAAAUGCAUUUUUUUAGUGACACGUAUUUCCUGGUCUACACCUUGUCUGUAGUAUUAGUGUGUGUUGGCUGUGGGGCGACCCGUUUACACCUGAUUGUCCUACAUCAAAAAUUUCUUGACUUUCACUCAAAUUUUGUGAACUAUCUUUAUUCUCUUUUAUGCUCUUUGGGAGCUCCAACAUCAUUUCUAGCACUUGACAUCAUGUUUCGCUCACUGAGAAGAAAGUGGAUUCCGCGAUGCCUUCUUUACAUGGGAGUUUCUUUACUUUUCCUGAUUAUGUUAUUUUAUUCGAUGUCACUUUUCGAUGGUCACAUCGUGCCGAGAACGGUCGACGUAGUGGGCGGAAUUCUUUUCUCGGUUUCUCGGUUUCUGGAACAAAUUCCUCUGGGAGAAAUCUCUGGUGUGUCGGAAGAUGGAAAUAAUGAGGAGGAAAAAAAUUGUUGCCAUUUUCUACUGAACCAACAAGACGGACCGACAAGUCGUAACAAAAUGUACACUCUAAUCCACUGUUUUUCUAAAUUGGAAGAACAGGUUGAAAAUUUCAAUGCUCUAUUUGGAUGGCGAUUAGUCGCAGAAAUGUGGAUGUUUUUAUGCUUGAUCAUUUUCAGCAUUUACUUUUUCGCAACUUCACUCGAUUUUGCGGAAGACCUUACCUUUGCAAAUAUGUUUCUUACAUUUUAUACGUUCGUCCCACUAGCUGUCAUCGGUCACUCAAUAUUACUUAUCUGCCAGGCAUCCACAGCACUGACCAAAGGCAGCAUGGAAUUUGCUAAACGAUUAGAUCAUACCAUCACUACGGAAUGCAUGGGGACCGUGUAUGUGGAUCAAAAGUACAAUGGUGACGACAAUCAAGCCUUCAUAAUUGCUUUACAAACUACGAUGAGUCGAUUGUCGACACGACCAGUGCAAAUUUCUUGCAAUUUCUUUGUGAUGAACUCAGCUCUUCUUACGUCGGCAAGAAUUCCAAAUUUUAUUGUCAUAAUACGAAAUACUAUGACUUACAUCUUGGGAACUUGCACCAUGUAUUUAAUGAUUUUGGUCCAGUUUCAAAUCAGUGACAACGAUAGCCUGCACAGGAUGAAAAUAUUAAAGAAUUUCACUAGUUUUUAG